CAGCUGAGACUACAGAUGAAUAUUCAGGUGUUUAAGAUAGAAGUGCUAAUGAAUGGAAGAAAACAUUUUGUUGAGAAAAGGUACAGCGAAUUUCACGCUUUGCACAAAAAGCUUAAGAAAUGUAUUAAAACUCCAGAAAUCCCUUCUAAACAUGUGAGGAAUUGGGUCCCCAAAGUCUUGGAACAACGACGACAGGGUUUGGAAACAUAUUUACAGGCUGUCAUUUUAGAAAAUGAAGAACUUCCCAAACUGUUUCUUGACUUCCUGAACGUGCGGCGCGUGCCAUCCUUACCAAAGGCUGAGAGUUGUGGAUCUUUUGAUGAGACAGAAUUUGAAGAGCCAAGCAAACUGUCCCACCAGCCGGUGCUGCUGUUCCUCAGGGAUCCAUACGUCUUGCCUGCAGCCAGCGAUUUUCCAAAUGUGGUUAUCGAAGGAGUUCUCCAUGGGAUAUUUUACCCUUAUCUACAGCCCAGGUAGAAAUCUUCCAUGGCCAGAAGAAGCUGAAGCAAGUUUCAAAGUUGCAGCCAAGGAAAUCGAUACCUACCAAAUUAACUAAACUCUAUGACAUAACAGCUCUAGCUAGUGGUAAAAUUCACAGUCCCAGCUUAAUUCAGGGCAAGGACGUUUCCAUUAGAAUGGUACUUUUAAAAAUAGAAACUGAACCAGGGCGGUGCUGAGGUUAAGGCCAAGUGUUUAAGGAGAAUGUAGCUGUCAAUUUAGAAACCCAGGAAAAGGAAGUCGUAGAACAUCCCUGGGAGCACCGAGUGUGACCAAAUUCAGUGACUCGCAGCUUCACUCGCAACAUUUGCUAAUUGAAAAUCUUAUCCUGAAUCGUACUGAGACUGAUCAACUUAGGUAGCUUUUUUGUUCCGAUUCUGUGAAACAUUAAUCUUGUUCUGAGAUUUUCUCAGCCAGCGAUAGAUACAUUGUGAAGUGCUGGCACCAGGGGAGUAUCAGAAACACACACUGCUAAAUGCGAGGAAGGGACUAAACUGGAAAUUAAAUUAUACUGACAAUAUUAGGGCACUUUUUAAAUCGAGGCAUUUUAAUUUACAUUACAGUGGAGUUGCAUCAUACCCAGGAGUUAACUUCUAAUGUCAGCACAUAAGAUAAAAUGAUCCUCGAAAGCCACGUGGAAAGGUGCCACGUUGGAAAUUGUCCAUCUACCACAGCCCAUUUUUCCUCCAUUGUAGGAAGAGGUAACUGUUUCUUCAGUUGAAGACCAAUAGAAGUUCUUGAUGUUUGUUUAGGGGCUAUUUUACAUAAAACACAGACACAGACACACACACACACACACACACACACACACACACACACACACACCUUUAAACACUAGAAUCACACUUACCCUAUAAGAUGCUUGCCUUCUAAGUAACAAUGUGAACUGAGUGACUGAGGGAACACCACAGUGACAAUAUUCAACUUGAUUUACUCAAGGGCAUCCAUUCAUCGAAUAGGUGGUAUUGCCACGGGUUUACUGUUAUUUUCCUUAUUUUCUUCUCACUGACCUCAUAUAUUGACUUAAUGCAAGUUCAGUGUGUUUAUGACAUGACUCCACUGUAUAUUUUACAGACAUUCAUAUUUUGAGUAGUAAAGGAUACAAGCAUAUAUUCAACCUGUAUGUAUGUGCUGUAUUUGGGCAUUUCUUUGAAAACUAAUUAAUAGCUAGCCUAUUUAUGGUUAUUAGUUUUAAUAAGCUUCUAUGUGGGAGAAGAAUAUUUAGAUUCAAAACUAAUUAUUGAAUCAUGUUUGAUUAGGAUAUAAAUAUGCAAGUUUAAAGCCUGCUGCAAACUUUUAGAAAUAUAUUUAUGAUGGACAUGUUACUACAUGUUGGAAACAAGCAAGAAUGAAAUUAUCAAAUGUCAACGACCAGAAAUAACUGAAAUAGUCAAGUGUUGGAGAUAUUUUUUAAUGUUUUUUGUUAUUAGCUAUUUUGAGUUAAAUAAAAGCAAAGAACUUCUUGUUUUUAAA